AUGUCUACCUUUGGCUACAGAAGAGAGCUUAGCAAAUAUGAGGACAUUGACGAAGACGAGCUCCUCGCUUCUCUCACUGAAGAGGAGCUGAAGGAGCUGGAGCGGGAGCUGGAGGACAUCGAGCCCGACCGUAACCUUCCCGUAGGACAACGGCAAAAGAGUCUGACAGAGAAAACACCCACAGGGACUUUCAGCAGGGAAGCGCUGAUGGCCUACUGGGAGAGGGAGACCAGAAAACUCUUGGAAAAAGAGAGGCUGGGUGCAUGCGACAAGCAAGAAGAUGACAAUUCAGAAGACAUUCAAGAAGAAUAUUUCACAGAAAGCAACAGUGAAGUGUCUGAGGAGGCAUAUACUGAAGAGGAUGAUGAAGAGGAAGAAGAAGAGGAGGAGGAAGAUGAAGAUGACAGUGAUGAUGAGGAUGAUGAAAAGCAAAAUGCUGCAGCUGGUGAAACACCUGUGAAUUGUGAGGAUGGCAGGAGUUCUGACCAUACGAGACACAAGAAGAGUAACAGUGCGAAGGACAGUGAAAAUUUGCUCAAUGGCCACGAUGGGAAAGACACCGACAAUCUGAGCUUUAAAAGCAGUGCCAUCCACCCCUGUGGAAACCCAACUGUUAUUGAGGAUGCUUUGGAAAAAGUUCGGAGCAAUGACCCAGACACCACAGAAGUGAAUCUAAAUAACAUUGAAAACAUCACUUCACAGAUGCUUAUACAGUUUUCUCAAGCCCUGAGGGACAACACUGUAGUCAAGUCAUUCAGCUUGGCUAACACACACGCUGAUGACAAUGUCGCAAUAGCAAUUGCUGGUAUGUUAAAGGUAAAUCAGCAUAUAACUAGUCUGAAUAUUGAGUCAAAUUUUAUCACAGGCAAAGGAGUGCUGGCCAUCAUGAGAGCUUUGCAGCAUAACAAGGUUCUAACAGAGUUACGGUUCCACAACCAAAGGCAUAUCAUGGGCAGCCAGGUGGAAAUGGACAUAGUUAAACUGUUGAAAGAGAACACCACUCUGGUCAAGCUCGGAUACCACUUUGACCUUGCUGGCCCAAGAAUGAGCAUGACAAGUAUUCUGACAAGAAAUAUGGAUAAACAAAGGCAAAAGCGUAUGCAGGAGCAACGGCAGCAAGAGUCUGGUUGUGAUGGAGCCAUCAGCCCAAAGACCAAAGUCUUGCAGAAGGGGACUCCUCGUUCCUCACCUUAUACGUCACCCAAGAGCUCACCUUGGUCCUCUCCAAAGCUCCCUAAGAAAGCACCGCCAGCAAAAAGUCAGCCACCAGCUCCUGCACCCCCACCUCCACCCCCACCCCCUCCUCCCCCUCCUCCCCCUCUGCCUCCCCCAGUUAUUCCAGAGAAGAAGGCACCAACCAGGAACAUAGCUGAAGUCAUCAAGCAGCAAGAAAGCUCAAGAAAAGCCUUACAGAAUGGACAGAAAAAGAAAAAAGGCAAAAAAAGCAAAAAACAUGAGAACAGCAUAUUGAAAGAAAUUAAAGAUUCUCUAAAAUCGGUCUCAGACAGAAGAUCAGAAGAAGGCUCCCAACCCUCCACCCGACCCUCCACCCCACAGAGGUCUCUCCAUGACAACCUUAUGGAAGCAAUUCGAGCAAGCAGCAUAAAACAAUUAAGGCGGGUGGAGGUACCAGAAGCCCUUCGGUGA